AUGACUCUGCGUCUACCCCUCCCUGCAACUGACUACCCCUUCCCUUACCCAUCAUCCCCCUUCUCCCCCUCAUCAAACUCCCAACCCCGCCCUCCCCCACACCCCUCUUCUCCCCCCAAUUUCACCCUCUCUUCGCGCCCUCCCUCCUUUCCUAUUCCUUCCCCCCCCCUCUUCCCCCCCUCUUUUCCUUCUUUCCCCCAUGGUAGCCGUGCUGGCGGUACCGCUAGUCGCCACGCUAUGGUCAUACCAUUCCCUCAUGGGCGAUCCAGAGUCGCGUACGCUCGCCUCGCUCUCCCUCGAAAUACUCUUUUCUACCUCGGCCCUUCUUCUCCCACGACCCUCCUCCCCUCCUCCUUUUUUUCCCUCCCUCCCUCUUCUCCCCCCUCCCUCUUCUCCCCCCUCCCUCUUUCUCCCCCCUGCUUCUUCUUUCCCCUCCCUCUUCUCCCCCCUCCCUCUUCUCCCCCCUCCCUCGUCUCCUCCCUCCCUCCCUCUCUCCAUCCCCGCCUCCCUUCUCUCCCCAUCUUCCCCCCUCCCCCUUUCCCUCCCUCCCUCUCUCCCCCUCUCGCUCCGUGUCAAAUCCCCACUCCCUCUCCCGCACUCUCCAUCCCCCAACUCCCCCUCCCAACACUCUCUCUUCUGCGCAUGCAGACUCAGCUCCAGGGCAACAGGACAUGCCAUUGUGCCUUUUCUUUUCCGCUAUCCUCUGAGAUCUCACCGUCCCCGUCAACCUCCCUUUCACCCUCCCUGUAA